GCUGUGCACGAAAAGAUGUCGACAAAUAAAGUCAAUUACUAUGAGCAAGUGCUCAAUGUGCGACAGGUUAUAUCAGAGUCACAGCUGGAGGAUUGCGAUGAGGCAUUAAAUAUCUGUGAUCUAUCGAGCGUGGAGCGCAAGUUGCAACUGUGGCAGCAACACUUGCCACGCAUUAAGCCCUACUAUGCCGUCAAGUGCAAUGAUGAUCCCAUUAUUGUACAAACUCUGGCCACACUGGGCGUCGGCUUCGACUGUGCGUCCAAAAAUGAACUCAAGCUGGUGCUGGAUUGUAAAGUUUCCCCUGAGCGCAUCAUCUUUGCCAAUCCCUGUCGUCCCGUCAGUCAUCUGGAUUACGCCCGACAGCAUCAAGUGGUCAAAGGCACUGUGGACAAUGAAUUUGAGAUUUACAAACUGCACAAACAUUAUCCCAAUUCAAAUCUGAUUGUUCGCUUCAAGUGUGAGGCAAAGGCCGCUCAGUGUCCGUUGGGUGAUAAGUUCGGUUGCGAUGCGGACAUCGAUGCCUCGGCUUUGAUGCUGCUCGCCAAAGCUCUCAAUUUGACGGUGACUGGCACUAGUUUCCACGUGGGUUCCGGUUGCAGUGAAUUCGAAGCCUACGAUCGAGCAAUCAAAAAGGCCAAAAACAUAUUCAAAUUUGGCGAACUAUUGGGCUAUGAUCUUAAACUGUUGGAUAUUGGUGGCGGUUUUCCAGGCAGCGACGAUGUGCAGUUCGAAAACAUUGCUGGCAUUGUGAAUAAAGCGGUCGACAGGCAUUUUGCCGAUGAAAGAGUUGAGGUUAUAGCCGAACCGGGUCGUUUCUUUGUGGCUGCUGCAUAUACCCUGGUCUGUAAGAUUCAUGCCAAGCGGGAGGUGCGAAAUGCAGCGGGAAAACUAGACACUGUCAUGUACUAUUUGAACGAUGGUGUCUAUGGUUCAUUUAACUGCAUACUCUAUGAUCAUCAGUUGGUUACAGCACAGCAUUAUUUGAAUGACGCUGAAAACUUGCCCACAUUCAAGAGCUUAAUUUGGGGUCCCAGCUGCGAUGCCCUAGAUAAGAUUUCUGAAGAUUUGCGUUUGCCUAAUUUGAAUAGAGGCGAUUUGAUUGGAUUUCCAAAUAUGGGGGCCUAUACUGUGCCCAUUGCCAGUGCAUUUAAUGGUUUCCCCUUGCCAAAAACCUUGUACUUUAAAGCCAUCUGACUAAGAAAUAAACUGAGAGUUGUGUUAGUAA